CUGGUUUUUUUCUAUUAUUUUACUAUACUAUAUUGGUAUAAUAGCGCCAUCUCAGUUUAAAAUAAGUACUUAUAUAUGUAAAUUAUUCUAUGUUCAAUGUAUAGACCGCGAAGUCAUAAAUCUUUAUGUACGAAAGUGUAUAAUUAAUAAUACAAAUUAAUUAAAAAUACACAAUAUUUGAAUGGAAAUAUGAAUUUUUUUGUAUUGUCUAUUAUAUUUUAAAUUAUAUCAAUAUGGUAUCAUAUCCAUCAAUUAAUUUAGUAGAUUCGAUAAUUGAUGAAGUAGCAUUAGAAGGAUUGGAUGGAAUUACUAUAGAAGCACUAUGGUUACGUUUAGCACAUCGACUUCAUAAUCCUUUACCAUUUUCAAAACCAUUUAUGAUUCAAAUAUGGUCAAUAUGUGUUCAAAUUAGAGAAUUUGCAUUUUAUGAAUUAGAAAUUGCAAGAGAAGCACUUGAAAUUUUUGAUCGUUAUAAAUUUGUAGAUCCUGAUUUAGGUACUAUAUUAGAACCAGAAUCUGUACCAUUAGAUAUUUAUCCUCAUUGUCCUAUAAAUGAUGUUGUAAAUGGUAUUAAAGGGUCUUGUUCUACCUAUUAUGUACGAAAAGAUAUUACAGGAUUUAUAAGAAGCUUUACUUUAGAUGAAGUUACUGAAAAAUAUGGACAAAAAUUAGUUAUUGUUGCAUCACAAUCUGCUAGAAAUUAUGCAUUAAUGGGAUGUGAAGUAUCUCCUAUACUUGAAUUAAAUAUAAUGCAGUAUUGUUUUCUAGAAAGAGUAGGAAGAUCACGAUAUCAUGGUGAAGUUACUCAGGGAAAACUUAGUCUUAGUGCAUUAAAAGAAGAUCCUAAAAGUUUGUUUUAUUAUCGAAAAUUUUUACUACGUCAUAAAUUAAUAACAAAACAAAUACAUCACCAAAGAAGUGGUAUUUGCAGUAGUAAUGGAAGCCUUUUACAUCUUCCAAGAUUUUUUGUUGAAAGAAAACCAAAAAUAAUUUUCUUGGCAGAAGAAGUUAUCAAGAUUCUUAAAUCAAAACCUAAUUAUGUUGCAGAAUAUGAUGAGAUAAAACGCAAAUUGCAAAUUAAAAAUGCAAUUAAAAAAUUAUUUAAAACUCCAUUUUUUCAAAAAGUUGUAAGGACAGAUAUUAGAGUACCAUAUAGAACUUUAUAUCCUAAUGCAACACCAAUAGAAUGGCAACGAAAAAAUACUCCUACAAAAGAAAAAAGAAUUAAAGUAGUACAAUUAUUAUCUCCAAAUAUUGAUAUUCUUGAAGCAUGGAAUAAAGAAGAAAUACAAGAAGAAGAUGAAUCUCAAGAAUUAGAUAUCUCAAAUCAUAAAUAUAGUGUACCUUACUUCAAACAAACAUAUAGAAUAAUUGAAGCUGAUAAAAAUGGUAUAUCACAAGGAAAAUUAGCUAAAAUAAUGGGUCUGACAAAGUUACAGUCACGAACAAUUUUACGAAAUAUAGUUAAAAAAAAUAUGGUUGCUACUUAUAUGAAUGAUAUUGGUAGACAAAGACUUACAAAAUAUGUCUCAAAAAGAUAUGAAAAAACUAGUAAUUUAAGUAAACAAUUUAAAGAAGAAAUUCAUAAAAUUAAGGAAUUUACAAAGCAAAUUACAACUGAAAGUGAUGAUUUAGAGAAAACUAAAAUGAUUACACAAAAAGAAAAAAACACUGUUACUAAUAAUGAAGAAAAAGAAAAUAUGGAAGUUAAUAAGGAUAAUUCAAUUGAGAAAGCAUCAAACACAAAAGUAACAAUAGAAUUGCAAAAAAUAUUUUAUGUUGUCAACCAAAUAUUAUAUAAAUAUCGUAUAACAAUGCGCCCAAAUAGAUAUAAACGUACUUUUUGUAAUUAUUUAUCAUGUCAAACUAAUAAAAUUCCAAUUAAAGAAAAAAAUCUAUAUUCUAAUAAUAUAUUAUCACAAAUUUCUGAAUUAUCAAAAGAUGAAAAGGCUGUAGCUGUAUAUAAUAAUAUAAAAGUUGAUUUAACAAUUUUAAAAUCAACAAAUGAAGAAAAAUCUGAAAAUGAAAUGUAUGGAUUUUUGGAAGAUGUACAAAAUAGUGAAAAGAGAAGUGUAACAAAUAUUACAUAUAGAUUAUUACGAAGAGCUAAUAUGAUUAUACAGUCUGUUAAAGAACAUCAAGUCAUUGAUGAUAUGACAAAAUUGAUGAAGAUGAUAUAUGAAGAAGAAGAUAAAGAAGGAUAUGAUGUGAAAAUUGAUAAAAAAUCUUUAAUAAGAUUAUUACAAAAACUUGCAAAAGAUAAUUUAGUAAAACUUAUAAAAAUAAUUCUAAGCGGAAAUGGUAGAGAGAAACAUCUAACAUUUAUAUGUGAUCCAAACAUUGCUAUUAAUAGUACUGUUAUUCAAUCAGCUGUGGAACAAGUAAAAUUGAAAUUCUAUUUGAUAAGUGCUCAAAAAUCUAAAACAUCUACUAAACGUUCAGAAAAUACAAUAUUCGAUUCUAGCAAAAAUUAUAAUAUUGAUGCUAAACUUGCAUCUGAAAAUAAUCAAUUUACAACUAUACCAUCGGGUUCUAAAUGUGGUCCGAGAAUAUCAAGAAAAUAUGGAUAUAGUCCAAAAUUUCUUCGUAUGCAAGCAUUACAUAUCUUUUUAUUUUAUUUGGUUUAUGAUCAUCCUGGAGAUCGAAUUCUUUCGAAAGCGGAACAAAUAAAAAUUUUACGAAAUAAUGAUUUUAAUAUUACAGAAGAAUUAGCAGAAGAAUUUAGUACGAUUUAUACUAAAGAUAUUAGUUGGAAAAUGUUUAUACCGCCAUUGCCACAUUAUAAUGGUUGGCCUCAAGGAUGGGCAUUAAUGUGUGAUGUUCUUUUACGACUUCCUUUAUCGAUAUUUUUAAAGAUUCAUUAUCUUUCAUUUGAAAUACCAGAAAUAGAUAGAUAUAUAAAUCAUCCUAUUCGAAAACAUUAUUUAGUUAAAGAUUUACCGACUGAUAUUCGAAAUUCUUUACUCUAUGCAAGAAAAUAUAUAUUUCAUAUUCAUGAAACUGUAACAAGAUUAUGUUACAUUGGAUUGAUACAAUUUGGACCUCAGAAAUUAAAAGAAAAAGAUCAAGUAUUCAUUUAUGUGAAUCGUCAUACUGAAUUAAUGGAUACAACAUCUUCUGCUCCUGGUUAUCAUAUAAUUGAAGAUAAACUUUAUCCUAUAAUUAAAUAUAACUUUGAUGAAAUUCAAGUAGUUGAAAAAUAUUGGUACGAUAUGUGGAAUACGUGUAUCAAUACACCAUUAGGCGGUCGGCUUGUUGUUCAAGGAAAAGAUAUAAUAUUAGAAGAUUUAAAUAAAAAAACCGAUAUGAUUCAAGCAGUCGUAGCUCGCACUGCAGAAGAAGCCAUGAAAUUGGAUACUGGUAAAGUACCAGGAGAUCGCAAAGGUGCUGCUGGAAUAGAUUCUGCUAUUUUCGCUCAUCUUAAAAGAAAUUGGAAUUGGACUUCCUCUAAUUUCAGAGUUCAGCAAACAAAGAAACAAGAAAAUAUAAUUUAUGAAAGAGAUAUGUAUUUUGCUAAAAUGAAAGCAAAACCAAUUAAAUUUACCGAAUUUCCAGGUUUAAAAACAGUAUUUGGACCUUCUUCUUUAAAUGCAACAGAAUUAAGAAAAAAAGUGCAAAUUAAAAACAAUGAUAAUUUAGAACAUCAGCAGGAUAAAUAUGAAGCAUUAAUAUGUCAACGAAGUACGAAGCAAAAAUCCUAUGUUAGAAGAGUGUUACCUCGUAAAUGUAAAAAUAAAAAACGAAUAAAGUAUGACGAAGUUGAUUGUCGAGCAUUACAACGGAUGCAUAAAUUACGAGUGGAUUGGGAACCAUAUGAAGAUAAGAUUUUGCUUGUUUGUAAAGUAGCUAUGGUAUAUCUUUGCCCAAAUCCACGUAAACAAGUAAUACCAUUUUCUGCUGUAAGAGAUGUAUUACGAACAUACUCGUAUACUUCAAAUAACAAAACAUCAAGAGCAUGUCAACGACGACUUUUAUAUAUGCUCAGACAACAACGAAACGUUAAUACCGUUGCUUUAGGAGUCGAAGAAUUGAAGCAGAAUUUUUUCCUUAAAAGACGUUUUGAUGGUAUUGUGGAGAAACUUAAAGAAGAAUAUAAAAAUUAUCAUGAAUAUGAGAAACAAAUUACAGAAGCAUUUAAAUCACUUGUUGCUUACAUUACAAAGAAAUAUUAUGAUAUUUCAGAUGUUGUAUCUAAAGAACCAUUACCAGUACCAAAGACAGUACAAGAAUUUAAUUUAUUUUAUAAAGUUAUACAUCCUUCAAAGCCAUUUUAUAAUCGUGGUUUCACAAAAGAUAUUCGAAAUAUUAAUGAUAUAUAUUCUGCAGUUAUAAAUUCUGUCAUUCAUAGUUCAAUGUGUUGUGGAAAAGAUAGAAGAUCCUGGGCAUACCAGUUAUUUAAAAUAUAUCAGCAAUAUCCAGAAAUAUUAUUAAAAAAUGCUAUGGCAAAAAUUCGUAGUGAUCAAAUGGUUACAAUUAAAAAAGAUCAUUUAACUACUAUAAGAAAAUAUGGUAAUUAUAUGCCAUUAAGUAGUUCUCAAUAUCAGUUAAGUAGUAAUUAUAUAUAUAAAUUUCAUACUAAAUGGCCAUAUGAUAUAUUCAAAGAAUCAUAUGAUGUUUUUUUCAAAUUAAGUAAUUGGUAUUGUCAUAAUCAAAUAACUGAUCAAAACAAAACAUCAAAUAAUUUUAAUGGCAUUGAAAUAUUGCCAAUUACUGGUGGUCUAAUAGGAGCGAUACAUGAUUAUAUCAUACGAGAUCAAAUAGAUUUUGAUAUUGAAAUACCUGAUCAAAUUAUAAUGCUUGAUUCUAGAUUAAAAGAAAAAGAUGAAACAUAUUUUAGAAUAGCUAAACGAUAUCAAGAUGUUUUAGUUAGUUUAGAUAAUUUAAAAUUUGUAAAAGAAUCUUCUUUGCAAGAUAAUAGUGUAAUGACUAAUCUUGAAGAGCAUAAUAGAUGUUUUGGUUCUGAAAUUGAUACAUUAAAUUACAAUGAUAUACAUAUUGAUGGAAAGUCAGAUAAAUAUGGUUUUUCAGACUUGGAUGCAGAUAAGAAUACAUUUCAAGAAUAUGAAGGUGAAAAAAGAAAUUUCGGAGAAAAACAUUUUACUGAUUGUGAUGAAUUAAAUUUUGAUAGUGAUGAAGAAAAUGGUCGAAAUGUAAUUGAUGAUGAACAGAAUAUAAUUAAAUUUCAAGAUGGAACUAAAAUUGCGUUAAAUAAUGACGAUAUUGAACGUUCAAUUUAUGAUGAAGAUUCAAUAAUGGAAAUAGAAGAAGAUAAAAUAUAUACUUCGAAUAAUAUUUCUUUAACAGAUAAUAAAAUGGAGGUAGAAAAUAUUGGGAAAAAUUUAAAUAAAUCAGUUGAAUCUGAAAAUAUAAAAUAUAAUUGUGUAUUAUUAUCAAAAAAUACAAGCAAUAAACAUGAAAAUAAUAUAUUAAAUGUAGAAAAUUCACUUACAUCAUCUAAUUUAUAUCUACAUCCAAAUAUAAAUAAAGAAGACAAAUUAGUUACAUCUGAAAGAAAAAGACAAAGAAAUGAUGAUAAACAAAUAUUUAAUUUAAGUGAAUCUAUUCCAAAGAAAAAGAAAUUAAAUUAUGAAAUUAUAAAUUCAGAAAAAACUGAAGAAACUUUACAAAGCAAUGAUGUUUCGAUUGAAGUAUUGAAUAAAAUACAAAAUGAAGAUUCAAGAAAACAUUCCAAUAUUGAAAUAAUCAAAACUAAUGAUGCAGAAUAUAUAAAUGAAAAAUAUAUUUCAAAUAAGGAAAGUGAAAUUUCAUUGCAAUCAAAAAUAAACAAUGAAUAUGCUUUCACACGAGUUAGUGAUAUUCUACAAAAUAUUCCAAUAGAACAAAGUUAUUUAAAUUCAUAUUGUAAAAUUGAUGAUUCAAAUGUACACAAACGAUAUACUCGUAUAGCUUUAUUGCGAAUGAGAGAAGAAUUGAGUAAGCUCACAGUAGCAGAUAGCCAUCAUGCACAUGAUUAUUUCGUUGUAAAUGUGUUUAAAAUUUUUUAUUCCUUAUAUCGAUCAAAUUCGAUAAACUGUGAAGAAAAUGAAAUUUUUAAAGGUUUUUCAAUACCCUUAGAUUUAUUGCCUUUAAAAAUAAAUGUUGCAAAUGAAUUAAUACAAGAAAUAAAUAAAUUUGCAAUUUUUCCUAAGGAUAGUAUUUCAUUUUCUGAUUUUAAAAAAAAUUUAUCUAAUGAUUUGAAUUUGAAUAAUGUAGAAGCAAUUUAUAAAUUUGUAUAUGAUAAAAAAGAAUUUGGAGCUAGUAUUCAAGAAUUGAUAGAUGAAUUUGAAAAUACAUUAAAAGAAGAUUUAUAUCGAAUUGUUUCUUUGUUUGUUGAUAAUUAUUUAUUUUUGCGAACCGGUGUAACUACAGUUCGUUACAUACAUCAUGAUUAUGUUAAUUCUUGGUUAAUACAUUCAUAUAAAAUAUUUCGUCUUGAAAAAGAAUCGCUUAUACCUAUACCUAAAGGAACUGUAUAUAUGACAGAAUCUAAGGAAAUAUUAAAUAAAAAUAUCAACAAAGAUACAAUAAAAGAAUCUAAUCAAAAUCUUAAUUCAUCAAUAGAAAAUAAAUCCAAAAUUAUUUGUGAAAAUGAAACUGAAGAAACUGUUGAAUCAGAAAUAAAAAAUAAUGAAAAUAAACAUGAAGAUUCUAAUAAGGAUACAUCUAGUCAUAGUGAUGAAGAAUAUAAUAUACAAAUAAAAAAAAGAAUUCAAAAAAAAGCACUUAAAUUAUUACCUCAAAAAGAUAUAUCUAAGGCUGUAAAACAAUUAGAUUCAAAUACAAAAGAAGUAAGAGUAGUAAUAAAACCAUGGAUUCGAAUAGAUGGAGUUUUAAAUCGUAGAGUACUCGAUCGUAUGUUAGGAUCGAUUUUAUCAUAUUGUUUAACACAUCCAGGUAUUCCACUAAUUAAAAUACAAAAUAGAUUUAUACCUCCUCUUCAACCGUGUCAUACACGAGAAUUAGUCGAGAUGUUGAUAAAAUUGGAGUGUCUGGAAAAAAUACUCAUUAAAAAAUCACGUGUGACAUUAUUUUCAAAACCAUCAAAAGUUGAAUUGAAAAUUGCAAAUAAUGAUUGGGCUACUGAAGAAGAUAUUUUCCUUGAACCUACAAAUGGAGCAAUGUUGAAAUUUGGAAUAUUUUUAAGUACUAAGAUGUAUAAUACAGAUUUUAUUUCAUAAUUAGUAAAGAUUAAAAUUUUAUUUAUUAAAAUUU